AUACAUUUAUCUAGGUGAAUUAAACAAAAAUAACACAAGCAAGUCACUUUCCUAGAAAAGUAGAUUCUAUGAAAAAUGAACAGGAACAAAGAAACAUCUGUUGAGUUUCUUUGGAUGAGGAGAAACCACUAUCUUGGUCCCUAGAACAGAGAAACCAGUGGAGGCUACCAUGGACGACACUCUCCAAAAUAAAGACUACCAAAGAACUCUGAUAUUCACAGUACUUACAGACUGGCCAGUCAAGGUUGCAGGCCUACAUGAGAUGCUAUCAAAAUUCUGGAAACUAGAUGCUUCCAAAAUUCUUGAUUUCAGAAAUGAUCUGUUCCGCGUUGAUUUUCCAAGCUGCUUUGAACGCGACAGGAUCUUUGAUCGCGGCCCUUGGUUGUUCGAGGGGGAUCUGAUUCUUCUGCAUAAAGGGGAGCCAAACCUUCGUCCUGAAGAUUACUUUCUGAACAGAGCGGAUUUCUGGGUACACAUGGUAGGCUUACCCUUAGCCUAUCUAACUUCUAAUGCAGUGAAAAAAUUGACAUCAGAACUUGGGAGCCCAUUUGAGCCGGAUCCAAAGGAUGUUUCAAAGUGGAGCUAAUAUGCUCAUAUCAGAAUAUCCAUUGAUGUGACUGAACCAAUUAAGCAAGAAGUUCCCUUUAAGCUGCUGAACGGGAAAACUAUCUUGGUGGAUGUUCAAUAUGAGAGACUUCCUAGGUAUUUGCAUGUUUUGUGCAAAAAUUGGGCAUGAAGUUGAAAGUUGCAGAACUAAACAUCGUCUCCCCAAGCAAUUGAGAAUAGUAGGAGUCAAGACAUGAAAGAAAAAUUAAAGGCCCUCUUAGUAGAUAGAAUUACCAAGGAGAUCCGGGCCAAUACAGUCCAACGUCCUUCGUCUAGUAAAAAGAAUUUCAACCUACACUGUGAUAAAACAAGGGAUUCAGGACAGAAAAAUCCGGUAACAAGCCCACCGGAUCCUUCACCGUCGGCCAUUCAACAGGGGACUAGGAUAGAUGUGAACUCAGCGAUUGCACUAUCCAAAAGGAAGCCGAAAAACCAGGGUAUUAAUUCCACCAAAUUAGGCAAGUGUUCUCCACUACCUUCUUCGUCAGUUUCAAUUAUUCGUGUUGCGGAAACACUUCCAAUUACUAAUUCACCUUCUGACCUGUCAACCCCGUCCUCUACGGCGGAAAACAUGGAGAUUGAUGCGAAUCAGUUUCACAUCCAAACUGAACCAGCGACAAGUUGCUUCACUCCUUCUUGCAAGCAUAUUCCACAGACUGAUGCUGCUGAUACCACUACGUCAGCACUCCACCUAGUUGAAAAGGUGAUCCCACUGUAGCCUCUUCGACUCAAGGCAACAACAGGAAGAGAUGUGACGGUUCUAUAAAUUCUGAACUGAUUUUGCAAAAGGCCCAAAGAAUCGAAAUAAAUGACACAUUGACUUCAGGAAUCAAAAGGAAACUGAAGAGCAUGGCUGAGGACAAGAAAAGAGUGAUAAAGCACUCUCUUUCUCUUAUCAUUUACGGGUGGAGGCGGCGCACCCCAAAACUGCCCCCAAUCAAUCAUGAAAAUUCUUGCUUGGUACUGGCAGGGGAUUGGGAGCCCUCGGGCAGUUCGUCACCUGUCAAAGCUCCUAACUAGUACUUUACCAGAAAUCAUAUUUUUGUCAGAAAAUAAAGCUUCAAGUUCUAGAAUAAGGAAAAUUCUGCACCAAUUAAACUGGAACUGUUUUCACUGCGUUGAUGUUGUUGGUCUCUCUGGUGGCUUGUGUCUGUUCUAGGCGGAUCAUAUUAAUGUUCAAAUUGUUAGUUCAGAUAAAAACCUUAUUAUUGCAAGUAUAGGUGGCUUGUGCCUAUGGCUUUCCCCAAAGAGAAGACCGACCAAAAUUGUGGCAAUCAAUAAGAGAUUUUCAUGCUCAGUCUAACAGUCCAUGGGCAAUUAUCGGAGAUCUAAACGCUAUAACAAACAGCAAAGAAAAAUCAGGUGGUCAGGCUUUUAGUAACAUAGAGACAAGAGUGUCCAAUUCUUUCAUAAAUGAUUGUGAACUCCUUAUACCUGGACGUGGCCUUCCAUGGCCCUACUUAUACCUGGACAAAUAGAAGAUCAGCGCACCUGCUCAUUAAGGAGCGUUUGGACAGACUCUUAGCCCACCCGUCUUGGCUGCAGUUGUA